AUGAUCACCUCUUUGCUCUUCAUGAUCGUCACCAUCCCAGGGAAUCUCAUCGUUAUCAUGGUAGUCUAUAUCGAUCCUUUCAAAGAGUUCCGUAARCCUUUYACGCUGUUCAUUCUCAACCUUGCCGUCACGGAUCUUAUCGUGGGUUGUCUGGCUGAGCCGAUGUCCGUGAUGAUCCACUACAGAGAAGCAAGGGGUCUCUCCAUCACCAUGUCWUGGCUGAGCCAGACGUGCUACUUUCUGUGUGCAACUGCUUCUCUUCUAAGCCUGGCAGUUCUGACGGGAGAUAGGUACAUAGCCAUCACCUCCCCARUAUGGUACCGCGCCAACGUGAGUACCACGCGUGUUGGUUACGCGUCGCUCGCUAUCUGGAUCCUGUCAGCCUGCUUCACGGGAAUUUUCUUUUUUGUUGAUUUUGUUUCUUAUGCGUUCAUUUUUGGUAAUAUUGCUGUUUUUGUGGCUAUCUUYAUAGUUAUAUUUGCUUACGUUCGCAUUUUUCGCUCGCUGAAAGUUCAARCAGAAAAUGCACAUCAGUURGCCGCUGGGGGUAGCGAGGCGGCUAGGGCYCAGGCCCGCGCUCAGCAGCAAGAAGCUAAGCUCACUAGGACCUACAAGUUGAUGAUCAUUGCUUUCUUGUUCAGCUAUCUUCCGACARCUAUUCUUAUCUACCUCAUGAAUCUAUGUUCGAYUUGCAGCUGCGAUCUUAUUCACUGGUUCCGYGAUUUUCAGUUUAUUUUUGUGUGCUUCAACUCGCUUGUCAACCCUUUUCUUUAUGCAUUGCGCUUGCAAAGUUUUCGCAGAGCUUUUAAGAACAUCAUGCACCGAACUCCAUGUGGUUGGUGCUUCUCAGAAAAUCAAUUAAUAGAGCUAGCGAUCUAUGYCAUCUAUGUCAAUCUUGCAUUUAUUAGUGAACAAUAA